GUAAAUCCUUUUAUUAUCUAUCGUUCCCUUCGCAGAAGGAAGAUAGCAGAGCUCCAACAAUUCCAAUGGGGUCGAUUCUGGGAGAUUUGCCGUCCUUCGAUCCUCACAAUUUCAGUCAACAUCGCCCCUCCGACCCUUCUAAUCCCUCCAGGAUGGUUCCAACAACCUAUCAUCCAACUCACAACCGUACACUUCCACCUCCACAUCAAGUAAUAACAACGGAAGUAAAAAACAUACUCAUACGCAGCUUCUAUCAACGAGCUGAAGAUAAGAUGAGACCAAAGAGACCGGCUUCAGAACAUCUGGCGGGUGAGCACGGGAACAAGCAUUUCCGUGCCUCCUCAUCUGCUCAGGGUUUAUAAAAGCUUUUCCUUGUUCAAAGCCUAUAAUGGCCAUCACUUGUACUACUACAAAGAAGUUGCUUUUUGGAUGUAGAGAGAACAGAUAAGAGCAGCUCAUUAUGUGACAUGCCGAGAAAAUGUUGUAUCAGUUGUAUUGUACAUAACAUUUAUGUUUUUUCUUUAAUUUUUAAAAUAUCAUCCAAAUCACAAUUGUCUCUUUCUAGAAUAUAAACUCAAUUCUUCGUUUGCUUCCAACGAAUUGACAAGAGGAACAUGAUAUCCCCGAGUUUUUGUUCGCAUGCUUCUCCUCGCAUAACUAGUUGUUAUACACUGCAGACCAGUUUCCAUGAUUUAUUUUGUUGAUGAUGAUGUGGGGUUUCUGCAGGAGCGCUGAAGUGAAUCGUUUCUAAGCUAGAUCCCUUAGUUAAUGCCUUGAAGAGGACUGAUGCAAGGGAAAUGAUGACCAGGUCCAGGUGAUUGAAUUGUGGUGUAGUGAUCAUGGCAGAGGAAGGUGAUUAGUAGUAGCACCAGAAAAUGGAAAGAGCAAAUUUAGGUAUGGUCAAAAGCAGUAAGCAUACAGGUUGGUGAAAUUGGCUUAGGAAGAAGAAGAAGAAGACAGUCUGGUGAAAUUACAUGAGACACCUUGAGAGAGACGUAGAGGAGCUUUCGCAAUUGUCAUUUUAACAAAAUUGCUUCAUUAGGUAAAGCGUUUGGUUGAAGAACAAGUGUUCUCCGAUCUUUCCAUGGAUCCUGAUACUCUAAGCCGGAGCUCAUUUGAUCCGAUUGCAGACGCUUCUUCACCGAAAAGAUGGCGAGCCUUCUAGAAAAUCGAAAAGACACUUUUUAUGGCAGCUUCGGAGAAACACACUUCUCAUGAGCC